ACGACAUUUCGUUGCCAGAAUGCUAGUUAGGGUACGCUCAAAGGACGGAAACUUUCGUUUCGAGUUUGCGCCCUCUGCAGACAUUGCGGACCUCGUGUCCAAGAUACUCGAAAUUGCGCAGGAUGCGGACCCGAACGCGCUCACAAUCUCCAAUCAGCCACGAGGCAACGAGGUCCUUGUUUCAACGCUCAAGGGAAGAAGUCUGGAGUCGCUAGGCAUCAAACAUGGGGAUCUGUUAUUCGUCGGAUACUCCCCGAAACCCGCUCAGAGCGCGUCAACAAGCCAACCCGACCCGCAACAAGCCCUCGCAGCGGCCGGUGAUGGCGCCGCGAAACGUCCUUGGGAGCUCGCCCGAGAAGACCCUGUCGACACCUACUGGCGUUCCAGAGACGGCAAAAUCCCGCGUGGCCGCGACUCGCGCUUCUGCAAGCAUGGUGCCAACGCCAUGUGCGACUAUUGCAUGCCCCUCGAGCCGUACGAUCCAGCGUAUCAUACCGAGCACAGCAUCAAACACCUGUCGUACCACGCGUAUAUAUGUAAGCUUGCGCCCACGGGGUCGGCGGCGACGACCUCCAGUGCAACUCUACCGCCGCUCGAGCUGCUGAACUACAAGGUGAAGACUCCGUGUCCCACCGGGCAUCCGAGCUGGCCCAAGGGUAUCUGCACGGCAUGUCAGCCGUCUGCGAUCACGUUACAAAGCCAACCAUUCCGGAUGGUAGACCACUUGGAGAUCGCGUCUCCGGACAUCAUCCAAAGGUUCCUUGAAGCCUGGAGGAGGACCGGUCUGCAGCGGUUCGGAUGGCUGUUAGGCCACUACGAGCCCUAUAACGACGUCCCGAUGGGUGUGAAGGCUGUUGUUGAGGCCAUCCACGAACCGCCACAAGAGGGUGAGGUGGACGGCUUGUCGCUUGGGCUCCCGUGGGAGGACGAGCCUAGGAUUAAGGAGCUCGCGAAGCACGCCUCGACCCCACUCGGUAUUGUUGGCUACAUCUUCACGGACCUCGUUCCCGAGCCUGAAGACCGGACAAAGACCCAGUACAGGAGGCAUCCGCAGUCCUUCUAUCUCUCGUGUCUGGAGGCGAUCUUCGCUGCCCACGUCCAGCUGCAGAACCCGACGCCGUCAAAGUCAUCAACGACUGGGUUCUUCGGCUCGCGCAUGGUCACUGCCAUUCUAACGGGCACUGAGGGUGGUGGUAUUGACGUCGCGGCGUAUCAGGUCUCGGAGCAGGCAUGUGCGAUGGUAGAGGCGGACAUGAUUGAGGCCAGUGUCGACCCUGGGAUCGUGCGUGUAAAGGAGGAAGACAGGUCUGAGGACUCGGCAAGAUAUAUCCCCGAUGUCUUUUUCCGCUACAAGAACGAGUACGGCCUUGAGGUGAAGAAGACCGCGAAGCCUGCGUUCCCUGUUGAGUACUUGAUGGUCAACGUAUCUCACGGCUUCCCUCAAGACCCCAAACCACUUUUCCAGUCAGCGAAGCUCAUUGAGAAUCGCCCCGGGCUCGAAGACCAGUCGACAGGACGGCUCGUCAAAGAUCUCGCGAGCAUCCGCGCGCCCGAUCUUCUCCCUGGUGAGGGUAUGACCCAGCAGCGUCGCGAGUUGGCUGCCUGGUUGAGCGACUGGCACCUCGUCUCUUUCUUGGGUACGACCCAGCUGGUAUCACAAGAGGAUAUGAAGACCUUCCUCCGCGCAGCAUCAUCACCUAAACUGCUCGAGGACCCGUCUGCACUGGAUAGUGUCAUCACAACAGAGAGCUGGCAAACGCUCAUGACUUUCACUCGCGAGAUGGGCCCGGCGCGGCCUUCAUCCUCGGCACCUACGUUGGGUGGACCCUCGGCAAUGAACGAGGAAAUCCCUGCAGAGUACUACGAGCAGAUUGCUCGCGAACAGGCCGAGAGCGCGUCUGCCGGGGAUGGCGGAGCAGCUCCCCAGACUGGGAUCAGGAUCUGCCCCCAUUGCACGUUCGAGAACACGCAUGGUGGUACAGAUUGUGAGAUUUGUGGAUUGCCGCUACAGUAGGGAAUGCAGAUGAGGCGAAAAUGAAUGUACGAGUAGUGUGAUACGAUAGAGACAUACCCG